AGCACUUGCUAAGCUGAUCUUCUGUCCAUCCAUGCCUGUUUUCUUUUUUCUUUGCACACAUUCCUAGGGUUCGGUCAGGAUUAUCAGAGGUCUGGAUUCCAGCCGUGGUCAGACAUAAUAAAAGAGGUUGAAGAGCAUCAGUGUGAGAGAUUAAGAGAAAGACUCAGAGGUCCCGUUAUCAGACGAGAGCAUCACAGGUCCACGGCACGGGUCUUUGAUGUUCAGCGUCCUCGUAAGACAUCGUAACUCUCCCGUCCUUCUGCUCUGAUGUGCUACAGCCCCGCUGAGGUUUCAUGAUGCUCAGAUGACCUGCACAAUGUUCUAAGCAGCACGCUUUCACAAGUUCUGUGAGGGAGCGGGGGAGCAGAACGUCUACCCCACAUCCUCCUGAGUCAGAGAUCCUACAGCUGGACCUGACAGGCCUCUGUUACUCAGCAGACACAACGCAGCUGCAGGACUCUGGCUGGGCCUGAGGGCCAAAACCCCGUACUGGAAUAAAGGAAGGAAGAAAAGAAAAACAUCAGUCCUGAACAAGCCUCCCCUGCCUCCUUCCCCAUGGCUUGACCUCCAUGCUUGCUGUGCUGAAGAUCUUUCCCUGGAGGGCUGUUUUUCUGACCUUAGCACAUGGAUUUCAAGACUUCAAAUGAAGAGACAAAGACUGGGAUUUAUUUGCUUCAAGAUGGUAGCGAGGAGCCUUUCAAUAUCCGUCUGCACCUGGCCAAAGAUAUUCUCACCAUUCAAGAGCAAGACGUCAUCUGUGUGUCUGGAGAACCGUUCUACUCAAGUGAAAGAACAGUGACGAUCCGUCGGCAGACGAUCGGAGGGUUUGGUUUGAGCAUCAAGGGUGGUGCUGAACACAAGAUCCCUGUUGUGAUCUCUAAAAUAUCAAAAGAACAGAAGGCGGAACUUUCUGGACUUCUGUUUAUUGGGGACGGGAUUCUCCAGAUAAACGGCAUUAAUGUGAGGAGUUAUCGCCAUGAAGAAGUGGUGCAGGUUCUGCGAAACGCAGGUGAGGAAGUGACUCUGACUGUGUCUUUCCUGAAGAGGACGCCUGCGUUUCUGAAACUGCCGCUGUGUGAAGACUGCUCAUGUACGUCUGUGUUUGGACACGCAGCAUUCACCGGUAUACCAAGUGAUCAGAGCAGUGGAACCUCGUCUCCAUUGUGUGACAGUGGCCUGCAUCUGAACUACCAUCCCAACAACACGGACACAUUGUCUUGCUCGUCUUGGCCGAUGUCUCCGGGGUUGCGCUGGGAGAAGAGAUGGGUGGAUCUUCGACUCAUCCCUCUAUUGCACGCGCGUCUGUCCCAGUACGUCCCAGGUACUGACAUUUGCAGGCAAAAUGCGUUUCAAGUGGUUGCUGUGGAUGGGGUGUGCAGCGGGGUCAUUCAGUGCCCCAGUACUGACGAAUGCACCGACUGGCUGCAAGCACUAGCUACUAACACUUCUGCCCUCACCAAGCACAACGUGAAGAAGAUCAACAGAAACUUCCCAGUGAACCAGCAGAUCGUAUAUAUGGGCUGGGUAGAUGAGAAAGAACAAGAUUCUGUUCAGGACCGAAUGUACACACCAAAGUUUCUUGCCUUGAGGGGUUCGUCUCUCUUCAAAUUCUCCGCACCUCCAGUCACCACCUGGGACUGGACCAGAGCCGAGAAGAGCUUCUCCGUCUACGAGAUCAUGUUCAAGAUACUGAAGGACAGUGAGCUGGUGGACAAACGAAAGCACUGCUUCAGUGUUCAGACGGACUCUGGAGAGGACAUCUUCUUCAGCGUGGAGCUCGAAUGCGAGCUGCUUCUGUGGGAGAAAGCCUUUCAGAUGGCCACGUUCUUCGAAGUGGAACGAAUACAGUGUAAAACAUACGCUUGCAUUGUGGACAGUCAUCUCAUGGGACUCACCAUAGAUUUCAGCAUGGGCUUCGUGUGCUUCGACGCCGCGUCAAAGGCAGUGCUGUGGAGAUAUAAAUUCUCUCAGCUUAAAGGAUCAUCAGAUGAUGGAAAGAGUAAAAUCAAAUUCCUGUUCCAGAAUCAAGACACAAAACUUAUUGAAGCAAAGGAACUGGAGUUCUCCAACCUCUUCGCGGUUCUCCACUGCAUCCACGCGUUCUUCGCCGCCAAAGUGGCUUGUUUGGAUCCCAUGUUCGUGAGCAGCCGAAACGCCACCAUGGCCCCUGUGGUGUCCACGACCUCCACCCUAACCGCCCCACCACAGAUAUCCAAGAUCAAAUACACCAGCUGACAGACUCCAGUGACGUAUCCUCUCCUUCCAGACAGUGAAAAGGUAGGAUGAGAGGAACUAGCCCUGACAAACAAUUGACACACAGUGGAAGUCCACUUUGAAA